AUGUGCGCGUGGAAGGGAAAUGCACGUGCCCAGCACACGCCCGGUGAGACAGCCACACGCUUCCUGCUCUCGUCUCCCUUUCUCUCGUUCUGCUCUCCAUCUCAUAGACGCAUGGCCUAUGAAUGUCGGCCAACGGGGUCUGCAAGCACAUGGCAGCGCCCUGUCUGGAGCGCGCGUCUCAGGUCCGCCAACGGAGUGUGCAAGCACGUGGCAGCGCUUCUCCUGGAGAGGGCAACUCAGCUGUCCUCCAUGCCACCCGUUUCUAGUGCAAGGGUGCCAGCCAGCACAGGAGCCACGUCACUUCACGCUGCUGACACGUCAGCUCCUGCUGACACGUCAGCCCCUGGACGUGACACGUCAGCAAGUACUCCUGUUAGCACUCCCAGGCCUGUGGUUACUGCUGGCUCGGAUGCAACCAGGGCUAUGCUGUCCGAGCCUCAGGCAGGCUCGGUUGCUACUGGGCAGCGUUUAUCCGAACCUGUUAACGGGUUGCCCAAGACUGUAGGCUUGGAAUCGGGAAGAGUGGAGGCUGGGAAAGGAGGAGGAGGAGGAGGAGGAGGAGGAGGAGGAGGAGGAGGAGAGGGCAAUGGGGGGAUAGGGAAGGGAGAAGGUAAGACAGGGGAAGGGUAUGAUAGGAGUAGAGGCAAGGAGGGCUUGUGGAGUGGAAUGGGUUUAGUGCGGUGUGGAGGGAGGGAAGCAGGUGCGACAAAGAAGAGAGGGAGGGUAUUACCUGCUUGGAUGCUGGUGGUAAAGGAUGGGGGGAAGGGGGACGAGAAGGGGGCGAAGGGGGACGAGGGGACGGGGAAGGGUGAGAAGAAGGUUCGGGGAAAGAAGGAGAAAGGGAGUUUGGAUGGAGGGAAGAAAGCUGGGACGAAGAGAGAAGGUGAGGGAAGGAGAGGAGGGAGUGUAAAGCGAGUGAGGAGGGAGAGGAGGAGAGUGAUGGGGUUUAAGUUGGGGGAUGAAUUUAGUGAGGAGGAAGAGGAGGAGGAGGAGGAGGAGGAGGAGGAGGAGGAGGAGGAGGAGGAGGAGGAGGAGGAGGAGGAGGAGGAGGAGGAGGAGGAGGAGGUGGAGGGGGAGAGGGUGAAAGAGAAGGAGGAAGAGGGGGAGGGUGGAGAGGUGGUGGAAAGGGAUGGGGAGAAUGGAGAGGCAGAAGAAGAGAGGGAAAGAAGCAUGGGGCGUGAAAGGGAGGUGAGGGAUGGGGAGGAGGUGUUGAUAGGAGGGGAGGAGGGAGGGAGAGGAAAAGGAAGAGGCCGCAGGAGGGGGAACGAAGAAAGGGAGGAGAAUACAGGGGUGGAAAUGUGGGCCAAGGGGGGGCGCAAUGUGGGGAAGGGGAGGAGCAGGAGGGGACAUGUGAGCGCGGGCUGUGAGGAGGAGGGGAAGGAAGAGGAGGAAAGGGGAGGUGAGGAUGUUUAUGGGGAGCGUUAUGAGCGUGGCCAUGACGUUGCUGACGUGGCAGCGGAUGCUGCUGCUGACGUGGAUUUCACAGAUGAUGAUCUGUUGAUGCUAGCAGCACAGGUGGGUUCUCUUGCCUGCUGUUCACCUACUUCUCUCCCCAUUCCCCUCUCCCUUUUCUCCCUGCCUCUCUUCCUCCUCCUUUCCAUUGAGACCCCAGCUCCCUCUCACCUCCUCUCCCAUGCCCCCUCUAAUAUUCCUCCCAUUGUUCCCCUGUGCCUUGCACCACAGCACGCCAAGCCCCACACGCCCUUAGGAAGAGACGAGAGUAAUCAACCCAUCUUACCCAAACCAGCUCUCUCACUUCACUUAAGGGCAUUCAGACCACCCAAGGGGAUUCACCACUUCCUUCUCACCCAUCCGACCCAAGGGGAUUCACCCCUUCCUUCUCACCCAUCCCACUCAAGGGGAUUCACCCCUUCCUUCUCACCCAUCCGACCCAAGGGGAUUCACCCCUUCCUUCUCACCCAUCCCACCCAAGGGGAUUCACCCCUUCCUUCUCACCCAUCCCACCCAAGGGGAUUCACCCCUUCCUUCUCACCCAUCCCACCCAAGGGGAUUCACCCAUUCCUUCUCACCCAUCCCACCCAAGGGGAUUCACCCCUUCCCUCUCACCCAUCCCACUCAAGGGGAUUCACCCCUUCCUUCUCACCCAUCCGACCCAAGGGGAUUCACCCCUUCCUUCUCACCCAUCCCACCCAAGGGGAUUCACCCCUUCCUUCUCACCCAUCCCACCCAAGGGGAUUCACCCCUUCCUUCUCACCCAUCCCACCCAAGGGAAUUCACCCCUUCCUUCUCACCCAUCCCACCCAAGGGGAUUCACCCCUUCAUUCUCACCUAUCCCACUCAAGGGGAUUCAGUCCCCUUCCCUCUCCACCACCCAACCCCCAUUCCUUCUCACCCACCCAAUCCAAGGGGAUUCAGUCCCCUUCUCUCUCACCCACCCAACCCAAGGGGAUUCAGUCCCCUUCUCUCUCACCCACCCAACCCAAGGGGAUUCAGUCCCCUUCUCUCUCACCCACCCAACCCAACGGGUUUCAGGACCCUUCUCUCUCACCCACCCACCCAGCCCAUCCCCACCAUCACCUGCCAGCAGUAGGAGCAGCAGAAAGCCCCACUUAG